AUGAAAUUUGGAGAGGUACUAAGUAGGUCUUUGAUUAGACAAUACAGUUAUUACUAUAUCUGCUACGAUGAGCUGAAAAACGAAUUAGAAGAUAAUCUACACAAGACCAACGGACAAUGGUCUCAGGAAUUAGAAACUACUUUUCUAGAGUCCCUAGAGAUUGAAUUGGAUAAAGUGUACACUUUCUGUAAAGUGAAACACAGUGAAGUUCUAAGAAGAGUGAAAGAAGUUCAGGAACAAGUUCAACAUACUGUUGCUCUAUUGGACUCAAAUACACCACCAAGUGAAUUAGAUUUUGAAAUCUUGGAAGAAGAAUUAAGUGACAUCAUUGCCGAUGUUCACGAUUUGGCUAAAUUCUCUAGAUUGAACUACACGGGGUUUCAAAAGAUUAUCAAGAAACAUGAUAAAAAUACUCAUUUUAUAUUGAAACCUAUCUUUGCCGUUAGAUUAGAUGCAAAACCAUUCUUUAAGGAAAAUUAUGAUGGCUUAGUGGUAAAAAUUUCUCAAUUAUACGAUAUUGUUAGAACUAGUGGGAGACCAAUUAAAGGUGAUUCUUCUGCAGGUGGUAAACAACAAAAUUUCGUUAGACAAACGACAAAAUAUUGGGUUCAUCCAGAUAAUAUCACGGAAUUGAAAUUGAUUAUCUUGAAACAUUUACCAGUGUUGGUGUUUAAUACCAACAAGGAAUUUGAGACAGAGGAUUCGGCCAUUUCUUCUAUUUAUUACGAUAAUGAGGAUCUAGAUCUGUACUAUGGUCGUUUGAGAAAGGACGAAGGUGCUGAAGCUCAUAGAUUAAGAUGGUACGGUGGUAUGCAAUCCAAUACGAUCUUUGUAGAGAGAAAGACGCACAGGGAGGACUGGACUGGUGAAAAGUCUGUGAAGGCAAGAUUUUCAUUGAAGGAACGUCAUGUAAAUGAAUUUUUACAUGGUAAAUACACUGUUGAAGAAGCCUUUGCCAAGAUGAGAAAGGAAGGUAAAAAAUCAAUUCAAGAGAUUGAAAACUUAGAGGCUUUAGCUACGGAGAUUCAAUAUACCAUGUUAAAGAAACGUUUGAGACCCGUAGUGAGAUCCUUCUAUAACAGAACGGCUUUCCAAUUGCCUGGUGAUGCAAGAGUGCGUAUCUCACUAGAUACCGAAUUGACCAUGGUUAGAGAGGACAAUUUUGAUGGUAAGGAUAGAACUCACAACAAUUGGAGAAGAACAGAUAUCGGUAUUAACUGGCCAUUUGAUAACAUCAGUGACAAGGAUGUCUGUAGAUUUCCUUAUGCAGUCCUUGAAGUUAAGUUACAAACACAAUUGGGACAAGAACCACCUGAAUGGGUGCGUGAAUUGGUGGGAUCUCAUUUGGUAGAACCUGUACCUAAAUUCUCCAAAUUUAUUCAUGGUGUUGCUACUUUAUUGAAUAACAGAGUGACUUCAAUUCCAUUUUGGCUACCUCAAAUGGAUAUCGAUAUAAGGAAACCAGCAUUACCAACUCAUAUUGAUAUCACCAGACCAGAAAGAGACAGUAGUCCCGGUUCAGGAAUCGGUUCUGAGAACGGUGACGAAGACGAUGAGGAUGAUGCUGCUUUGGUGAAUGCUAUGACUAGUGCUCCCGGUAACAACCUAGAUUUAGAAGAGGGACAAACAAGUUAUGGCGCCAUUUCACGCCAACCAGUACAAUCCUCCGCUCUUGGUGAACCAAGAACAUUACCUAGUGCCAACGCCGCAUACUAUCAACGUAAAAUUAGACAUGCAGGCAAUCAAUUGACCAAGAGAUAUUAUACUACUGUUGCAUUCUUCGACCAUUACUUUAAUGGUGAUCAAAUUGCUAAGAUUCCAAAGGGCACCGUCUUCGAUUCACAAGUCAGGGCACCAGCUGGUAAGACUAUCUGUGUUCCAGUGCGUGUCGAACCAAAAGUAUAUUUUGCCACUGAGAGAACUUUCCUAUCCUGGCUAUCUAUCUCCAUCCUAUUAGGUGGUAUAUCUACAACACUAUUGACAUACGGUACACAAACAACAAUGUUAGCUUCCGUAGGGUUCUUCAUUACGUCUAUUGCGACUUUGAUCCAUACUGUUUUCGUGUACGCAUCAAGAGUUGUCAAUAUCAGAUUAAAGAGAGCCAUCGACUAUGAAGAUAGACUUGGUCCUCCAAUGAUCUCUAUUUUCUUGAUCUUGUCUAUUGCAUUCUCUAUUUUCUGCAACUGGGCAUAA